UUACAAAAUAUCUAGAUUGCAAAUAUCUCUGCAGCUUCCACGACUAGUCGUUAAGCCAAGCUGUACGCGGCAACGCCAUAAUUCAGCCGUUGUUUUGCCAUUAAAACAAAGAAUACCAAACUUAAGAAAGCCAUUUUAAAGGUGAGCUCAGAAUUUUGAAGGUGGAAGAGCUGAAUUUCAGGAAUGGGGAGUUUUCUGUGUUGGAGGUGUAUAGGUCAGUCGACUGUGGGAAUUAUUGAGAAGUGGGGUCGGUUUCUGAAACUUGCAGAGCCAGGCCUGCACUUUGUCAAUCCCUGUGUGGGAGAAUGGAUCGCUGGCACUUUGUCUACUCGCCUUCAAUCCCUCGACGUCCGUGUUGAGACCAAAACAAAGGACAAUGUCUUUGUGCAAUUAUUUUGCUCCAUCCAGUUCCGUGUUGUGAAACAGAAUGCUGAUGAUGCAUUUUAUGAGCUACAAAAUCCUCAAGAACAAAUCCAAGCUUAUGUUUUUGAUGUAGUGCGAGCGAAUGUUCCAAGGAUGGCCCUAGAUGAAUUAUUUGAGCAAAAAGGUGAUGUUGCACAAGCUGUGUUGGAAGAACUUGAAAAGGCAAUGGGAUCAUAUGGCUAUAACAUUGAGCAGUUUCUGGUGGUUGAUAUUAUUCCAGAUCCUUCUGUGCGAAGGGCAAUGAAUGAGAUCAAUGCAGCCCAACGGAUGCAGCUUGCAAGUGUGUAUAAAGGUGAAGCAGACAAGAUACUGCAAGUCAAAAAGGCAGAAGGUGAAGCUGAGGCAAAAUAUCUUGCUGGUGUUGGUGUUGCACGACAGCGACAAGCAAUAACAGAUGGGCUACGAGAAAAUGUUUUAGAAUUUUCUCAUAAGGUGCCUGGUACUUCUACCAAGGAUGUUAUGGACUUAGUGAUGAUGACUCAAUACUUUGACACCAUGAAAGAUGUUGGGGCAUCAUCCAAGAAUUCGACAAUUUUCAUUCCUCAUGGUCCAGGCCAUGUCAGAGACAUAAGUGACCAAAUACGAAAUGGAGUUAUGGAAGCAUCAUCUUCUUCUCAGGGCAUGGGACCACCACCUGCUUUUUAGAACUUAAUUCCAAACAAAUUUUGGUGGGAUUUGGUGAUAAACUAACAAUUACAGAAUAUGUAAAGCAUGUCAAAAGUGCUGAUAUUGCCUUUCUAUUUUAUGUGAGUAUUGACAUUUACUGGUAAUGAAAAUUAAUAAAUUCACCAGUAUUUCACUGUAAAUUUUGUCGGGAUUUGGUGUUAAAACUGAUAAUUACAGCACAUGUAAAGCAUGUUGAAAGUGCUGAUAUUGCCUUUUUAUUUUAUGUGAAAGUAUGUGUGUAUUGACAUUUACUGUUAGUGAAGAUUAAUAAAUUCACCUGUAUUUCACUGUAA